UUAUACCAACAUCUCUUUGGAUACAAGAUUCUGUUUCUUUUCAAGCUUAAAUUUCACCAUCAAUAGCCUCGAAGGCUAUCUUUUUAAUAAGCUAUUUCUUGUAUUUGCUUCUUUAGGUUUUCAAUUUCUUGAAGUAGUUUGGCUUUCUAUAUAUCUUUCCUGUAUUUCCUCUAUUGGUUCAGAAUAGAGAGAAGUAAUAUUCUUUUGAUGAUCUUUCUUCAUUUAUCAAGCGUCCUUUUUAAGUUUUCAUUCAUCUUUUUGUACAUUUUCACAUUAUUUAAAUCAUCGUGACAAAUUCUUUUUGUUUUCUUUAAUAAAUUUGUGUUUAGAAAUACCAAGCUCUCUUUUAUGUGGUUCAAUAAGUGCCCGCUUUUUUCAAAUUCUUACUUCAAGGUUUUAAUUUGAUUUUCAGAGUCUAAUUUUAUCAUAGAGAAUUCUCAAAAAAAUUCUUCCUUAAUUUUUCUGAUUCUUUCCCAUACUCUUUAAUACACUUCGCAAUUUUAUCGAUAAGAUCAAUCGAGGACGGACAGUUUAGUGUUCAACUCAUUUUUGUUUCAAGUGGCGUUAUCUUUUCUUUGUAUUCCUGUUAAAGUUUUGCUCUAAAUCUGCCUUCUUGCUGAUGGACAUUCUCAAAUACUCUUUCGUAUUUUUGUUAGUUCUUUUACUUCUUAACCUUAUGCAUAAUUCAGUGUUUGAGUGGUUUGUCUGAGUUUUUGAGAGAAUUCAUUUGAGCUCUUAGUUCUCAAUUAUCAGUUUAACUCCUAAACAUGUCCUAACAGCAGUUUACAGUUGGUCUAUUUCUUCUAAUAUAGAUUUAUCUUUCUAUCAGAUUCUUGAAUUUGAGUCCUUAGAUUAUCAACUUCUCUCUGUGUACAGGAGAUUUGGUGGUCUUUGAUACUAAUUUCGUUAUUUAAGGUUGGAAUUUCUGACUCCUUAGACUGGAUAAUUUCUUUCAGAUUUUGAAUUGCAGGCUUAAAUUAUUUCUGUCUUUUAGCAAGAUUUCUACUAAUAGAUUCUUUCUGUUUUCUUAAUUCAUCUUCUAAAACUCAUAUAUUUGCUUUAUAUUGAACAGCAAGUUCUCUGAAUAGGCUGUAGCAUUUCCAAUGAGUAGUGGAAUUUUGUUUCAUAUUCUUUGGUUUUUUAAUUUUUCUAUUUUAUGAUUCUCAUCCUUUGUCAGUACUCUGUCGAGGAAGGCUUUGCUUAAGUAGUUCUAUUUCUUUUUUAUAGCAAUCCCUUAUUUUCUUAAUUUAUUUUUGCAGCUUUUUUUAAUUUUUCUGAUGAGAGUUGAAAGUAGCUUUACUUGAGUUUCCAAUUUCAUUAUUUUAUCUUUUAGUUUAGCUUUGGUCUUUGUUGAUUUUUGUUCUUGCUUUUCAGUAUUUUGCAGACUUUAACCAAACUGAAAGGUUAGUUUACUCAUUUGCUUCUCAAGUGAAGCAAUUGUUUUAUUAUUAGUAUCUUUCUCAACUUAUAAUGAAGAGUAAUUGAAAUCUAUGUUUCUUCUAAGUUAUUCAGCUUUUCACUAAAUUCUCUUAGUUUGUGCUCUAGGACUUCAGUCUCACUUUUAAGCUAUUUUUAAGAUCUCUGAUCUUUAUGUUUCUAUCAGAAAUAAUUUCCUUGGCAUUCUGUAAUUCUUCAAAGAUCUCUCUAUAUUUAGCUUCUUGGCCUUUUCGAUCUAACUUUAAUGACUGCCUAGUAUCUUCUAAAUUGCUUAUCCUAAACUCUAAGGUUUGAUAUUUCCCAUUUUUAUUGGCAAGAAUAGAGUUAAGAUAUCUUAUUUGAUAUUCUAGAUUCAUUAUUAAUUGUGUAGACUUGGUUCAGUUUCUUUUUCUUAAUUUCUUUUAGAGUCACAUUUGUGUUGGCUUUAUACUUUACCAUUUGGUUUUGAAAUUUGUUCUGUUAUUCUUUUCUCAUUCAGUUUUCAAGUUAUUUUAGUCUAUGUUAUUAUUCAGCAAUAUUUUUGAUGGUCUCUUUAAUAAAUUCUCUUGAUCUAACUUUUCUGUGAACAGUUGGUUAUAUUUCUGGCUGCUUUCUCUUACAUGCCCAUUCAUAUCUUUAACAUGUUUGAUAUUUUGCUCUUUGAGGGCUUAUAAGAAUUUUAGACACUUAAGAGUUCCUUUUGAGGUCUUUGAAUCUGAGCUCGAAGUUUGAUUUAGCCUUGAUGAUUUUUGACUUAAACCCUCAAUUUUGACCUUAUAAAUCAGAUCGGGUUAAUUUCUCAUUGUUUAUACCUUUCUGUUUAUUCUCUAUGAACUUUAGUUAGGAUUGAAUUUCUCCCUUUUAGGUUCAUUGAACUUUUCCUUUGAAUCCGUUGUAUUUUUCAAUGCAACCUUGUGUUUCUUAUGAUUCCGUUCGUAUCCUUUAGAAUAUUGUUUAUUUCUUUAUCAUGAGUUUUGGCAAAAGCUUGAUUAGAGCUCUUAUUUACUUCAUUUCUAAUAUGUACUCCAUAGAUGACUUUGGUGAGCUGGGCUAUUUUCUU